AUUUCAAGUUGGAGGUUUUUCAGUUCAUAACAUGGAAAUGCUGCUGAUUUUGUUCCUCAUAAUAAUUUGUUCCCAUGUUUCUGUGAACCAAGAUUCUGGCCCUGAGUAUGCAGAUGUGGUGUUUCUGGUGGACAGCUCGGAUCACCUAGGAAUCAAAUCCUUUCCGUUGGUGAAAACGUUCAUCAGCAAAAUGAUCAGCAGUCUUCCCAUAGAGGCCAACAAGUACCGUGUGGCCCUGGCCCAAUAUAGUGCUGGGCUCCGCAGUGAGUUCCACCUCAACACCUUCAGGAACAGGAACCCCAUGCUGGGCCACCUCAAGAAGAACUUCAGGUUCAUCGGCGGGCCCCUGAAGAUAGGAAAUGCUCUUCGGGAGGCUCACAAGACCUAUUUCUCUGCACCCACAAAUGGAAGAGACAAGAAGCAGUUCCCCCCAGUUUUGGUGGUCCUGGCUUCAGCCGAGUCUGAGGAUGAUGUGGAAGAGGCUUCGAAGGCCCUGAGAAAAGACGGAGUGAAAAUCAUCUCAGUGGGGCUGCAGGAGGCUUCUGAGGAAAACCUGAAGGCCAUGGCCACGUCUCAGUUUCAUUUCAACCUUCGGAUGAUCAGAGACCUCAGCAUGUUUUCCCAAAACAUGACACAGAUCAUCAAGGAUGUAGCCAAAUACAGGGAAGGGACAGUCAAUGACAUCCAUGUAGAAGUUUGCCGAGGCCCCUCUGUGGCUGACCUCGUGUUCCUGUUGGAUGUGUCAUUCAAUGGCAGCCAGGAGAACUUUGACUACCUUAAAGCAUUCCUGGAAGAAAGUGUGUCUGCCCUUGAUAUAAAGGAAAGCUGCACGAGGGUUGGUCUUGUGGCCUACAGCAAUGAGACCAAAGUGAUCAGUUCCCUGAGCGCGGGCAUCAACAAGUCAGAGGUGCUCCAGGAGAUCCUGAACCUCUCUCCGCAGGCUGGGGAGGCCUACACUGGAGCUGCCAUCAGGAAAGUCCGGAAGGAAGUCUUCAGCCCACACCAAGGUAGUCGGAAGAAUCAGGGGGUGCCCCAGAUUGCGGUGCUGGUGACCCACAGAGCUUCGGAAGACAAUGUGACAAAGGCAGCUACCAACCUCCGGCGUCAAGGAGUGAGCAUCUUCACCAUAGGCAUAGAGGAAGCCAGCAAAGCACAGUUGGAGAAGAUCGCCUCCCACCCCGCCGAGCAGUAUGUCUCCACACUGAGCUCCUUCUCUGAGCUGGCCGCCCACAACCAGACCUUUCUGAAGAAGCUUCGGAACCAGAUCACACACACUGUCUCUGUCUUGGCAGAGCGGACUGAAACCCUCAAAUCUGGUUGUGUGGACACCGAGGAAGCUGACAUCUAUUUGCUCAUUGAUGGCUCUGGGAGCACCCAGGCCACAGACUUCCAUGAAAUGAAGAGCUUCCUGUCAGAGGUGGUGGGGAUGUUCAACAUUGCCCCCCAAAAGGUUCGGGUUGGGGCCGUUCAAUAUGCAGACAGCUGGGACUUGGAAUUUGAGAUCAAUAAAUACUCCAACAAGCACGAUUUGGGUAAGGCCAUUGAGAACAUCAGGCAGAUGGGUGGGAACACAAACACAGGUGCAGCCCUGAACUUUACACUAGGGCUGCUGCAGAGAGCAAAGAAGCAGCGUGGAAACAGAGUGCCAUGUCACCUUGUUGUCCUGACAAAUGGAGCGUCCAAGGAUAGCAUCUUGGAGCCUGCGUACAGACUUCGAGAGGAGAACAUUCAUGUGUAUGCUAUUGGGGUCAAGGAGGCAAACCAUACACAGCUGCGAGAAAUUGCUGGCGAGGAAAAGAGAGUGUACUAUGUGCGUAACUUUGACGCCUUGAAGGACAUAAGAAACCAAGUUGUUCAAGAAAUCUGUACUGAAGGAGCCUGCAAAGACAUGAAAGCUGACAUCAUGUUUCUGGUGGACAGUUCUGGCAGUAUAGGACCUGAAAACUUUAGUAAAAUGAAAAUGUUUAUGAAGAACUUGGUGAGCAAAUCUCAGAUUGGGGCAGAUCGGGUGCAAAUUGGUGUUGUCCAGUUCAGUGAUGUCAACAAGGAAGAGUUUCCACUCAACAGAUUCAUGUCCCAAAGUGAGAUUUCAAAUGCAAUAGACCAAAUGGCUCACAUUGGUGAGACCACCCUGACCGGCAGUGCCCUGACUUUUGUGUCUCAGUACUUCAGCCUCUCCAAGGGGGCCCGGCCCAAUGUCAGAAAAUUUCUCAUCCUCAUCACAGAUGGUGAAGCUCAGGACAUAGUGAAGGACCCAGCAGAUGCGCUUCGGCAAGAAGGCAUAAUCGUCUACUCUGUAGGCGUAUUUGGGUCCAAUGUCACCCAACUUGAGGAGAUCAGUGGAAGGCCAGAGAUGGUUUUCUAUGUUGAGAAUUUUGACAUUCUGCAGCAUAUUGAAGAUGAUCUUGUUUUUGGAAUAUGCAGUCCCCGUGAAGAAUGCAAGCGAAUUGAAGUUUUGGAUGUUGUGUUUGUAAUUGAUAGCUCUGGCAGCAUUGACUAUGAUGAAUAUAAUAUCAUGAAGGACUUCAUGAUCGGUUUAGUGAAGAAAGCUGAUGUGGGCAAGAAUCAAGUCCGGUUUGGUGCUUUGAAAUAUGCUGAUGAUCCAGAGGUGCUAUUUUAUCUGAAUGACCUUGGUACAAAACUGGAGGUGAUUUCAGUGCUCCAGGGUGACCAGCCCAUGGGAGGCAACACUUACACUGCAGAGGCUUUGGCCUUUGCAGACCAUAUGUUUACAGAACCCCAGGGAAGCCGCCUGCACAGGGGAGUCCCCCAAGUCCUCAUUGUGAUCACUGAUGGGGAAUCCCACGAUGCUGAAAAACUCAAUGUCACUGCCCAGGCCUUGCGGGACAAAGGCAUUCUUGUCCUGGCUGUGGGGAUUGCUGGUGCCAAUCUAGUGGAGCUGUUAGCCAUGGCAGGGUCCAGUGACAAGUACUACUUUGUGGAGACUUUUGGAGGCCUGAAGGGGAUAUUUUCAGAUGUGUCUGCCAGUGUUUGUAACUCUUCAAAAGUAGAUUGUGAUAUUGAAAAAGUAGAUCUUGUUUUCCUCAUGGAUGGUUCAAAUAGCAUUCAUCCAAGUGACUUCAAGAAGAUGAAAGAAUUUUUGGUGUCUGUUGUCCAAGACUUUGAUGUCAGUCUCAAGAGAGUACACAUAGGAGCAGCCCAGUUCAGUGAUAGCUACCGGCCAGAGUUUCACCUGGGAACUUUCAUAGGGGAGAAGGAGAUAUCCUUUCAGAUUGAAAACAUCCAGCAGAUCUUUGGAUAUACGCACAUCGGUGCUGCACUUCAGAAGGUGAGCCAUUACUUCCGGCCAGACAUGGGCAGCAGGAUAAACACAGGUACCCCCCAGGUGCUGUUGGUCCUCACAGAUGGCCAGUCCCAAGAUGAGGUGGCUCAGGCGGCUGAAGAGCUGAGACACAAAGGUGUGAACAUCUACUCGGUGGGCAUCGGGGAUGUGGAUGAUCAGCAGCUCAUCCAGAUCACUGGGACUGCAGAUAAAAAACUCACGGUUCAUAACUUCGACGAAUUGAAAAAGGUCAAAAAAAGGAUUGUUCGUCACAUCUGUACCUCGGGGGGUGAGAGCAAUUGCUUUGUGGAUGUUGUGGUUGGAUUUGAUAUCUCAACUCAGCUGAAAGGGCAGGCUUUGCUCACAGGUCAGCCGUGGAUGGAAACUUACCUUCAAGACAUCUUACGGGCCAUCAGCUCCCUCAAUGGUGUGAGCUGUGAGGUGGGAACUGAGACUCAGGUUAGUGUGGCUUUUCAAGUGACAAAUGCCAUGGAAAAAUAUUCUCCCAAGUUCGAGAUCUACAGUGAAAACAUUCUGAACAGCUUAAAGGAUGUGACUGUUAAAGGUGCUUCUCUUCUCAAUGUGAACCUCCUGAGCUCCCUGUGGGAUGCCUUUCAGAACAAGUCAGCUACUCGAGGAAAGGUGGCCCUUUUAUUUUCAGAUGGAUUGGAUGAUGAUAUUGAAAAACUUGAACAAAAAUCUGAUGAACUUAGAAAAGAAGGCCUGAAUGCCCUUAUUACUGUGGCUCUCGAUGGAGCUGCCCAUUCCGGUGACCUGGCUGAUCUCCUCUACAUUGAAUUUGGAAAAGGAUUUGAGUACAGGACACAGUUCACUAUGGGCAUGAGGGACCUUGGGAUUCAGCUGUCAAAGCAGCUGAUCAAUGUUGCCGAAAGGACCUGCUGCUGUUUGUUCUGCAAAUGCAUUGGAGGAGAUGGAACAAUGGGAGAUCCUGGGCCACCAGAGAAAAAGGGACCCACAGGUUUUAAGGGCAGUGAAGGCUACCUGGGGGAGGAAGGCAUUGCUGGUGAACGAGGAGCCCCUGGACCAGUGGGAGAGCAAGGUACUAAGGGAUGCUAUGGUACCAAAGGUCCCAAGGGAAACAGGGGACUAAAUGGAGAAGAGGGAAGCCCAGGAAAGAGAGGGAGCAAAGGUGAUCAUGGAGCAAAAGGUCUGAGGGGAGAUCUGGGAAUUCCUGGAUUUGACAAUAUAAUACAAGGACCCAAGGGCUUGAAAGGAGAACAUGGAAGACAAGGUAGAAGAGGCUGGCCAGGUCCCUCUGGAACACCAGGCUCCAGGAGAAAGACAACAACUCGUGGCAGAAGAGGACAUAAAGGCCCACAGGGAAAUACAGGCAUCCCAGGCCCAGAUGGGCUCGAAGGUUCCUUGGGACUUAAGGGCCCUCAGGGCCCAAGAGGAGAAGUUGGUGCAAAAGGAGAAAAAGGAACUCUGGGAAUUAAAGGUCCCCAGGGGCCUCCAGGACCUGGAGGAGAGGUGGGGAAUCAAGGACAUUUGGGAAACCAAGGAAAUAAAGGAGAACCUGGUGAUCCAGGAGAAAAAGGAGCUGUUGGUUUUCCUGGUCCUAGAGGAUUGCCGGGUGAUGAUGGCAGUCCAGGUUAUGGUAGCAUGGGACAGAAAGGAGCAAAGGGGCAAGAAGGAUUCCCUGGAGAAAGUGGACCUAAGGGUGAGAUUGGAGACCCUGGUGACCCAGGAGAGACUGGACACAAGGGAGCUAGAGGCAAAACGAUAUCUGCUGGACUUCCAGGAGAGCUGGGAUUCCCUGGGGAGCCAGGACCUCCUGGGCGAAAGGGUGUGAAAGGGGCCAAAGGAUUGGCUUCAUUUUCUACAUGUGAGCUCAUUCAGUAUGUGUGGGACCACAGUCCUGGUGGACAUGGAAAACCCGAAUGCCCGGUGCAUCCCACGGAGCUGGUGUUUGCCUUGGACCAGUCCCGGGAUGUCACGGAGCAGGACUUUGAGCGGAUGAAGGGGAUGGUGGCUUCCCUGGUGAGAGACUUGAAGGUCCAGGAGCGCGGCUGCCCCGUGGGAGCGCGGGUCGCCAUCCUCGCCUAUGGCUCGCACACCAGGCACCUGGUGCGCUUCUCUGAUACCUACCGGAAGGACCAGCUGCUCAGGGAAAUUGAAGCUCUUCCUUACGAAAGAUCCCUUGACAACAGGGAGACUGGCAGAGCAAUGAGGUUUAUUUCCAGGAACGUCUUCAAGCGAACACUUCCCGGGGCUCACACCAGGAGAAUUGCCACGUUUUUCAGCAGCGGGCAGUCGGCCGAUGUCCAGGCCAUCACCACGGCCACUAUGGAGUUCGGGGCCUUGGACAUCACGCCAGUGGUGAUUGCUUUCAGCAACGUGCCCUCCAUCAGGCGAGCAUUCUCGAUUGACGACACUGGCUCUUUUCAAGUCAUAGUGGUUCCCUCCAGGAUUGACGACUCACCAGUGCUAGAGAGACUCCAACGGUGCACUUUCUGCUAUGAUAUAUGUAGGCCAGAUGCAUCUUGUGACCAAGCCAGACCACCCCCUACACAGUCUUACAUGGAUGCUGCUUUCCUUCUGGAUGGCUCCCGGAAUGUGGGAAGUGCCGAAUUUGAAGACAUAAGAGGCUUCCUAGGGGCACUGUUGGAGCACUUUGAAAUCACCCCAGAGCCCAAGACCUCAGUCACUGGAGACCGGGUGGCCCUGUUGAGCCAUGCUCCCUCCAACUUCCUUCCCAACACCCAGAGGAGCCCAGUUAGAACUGAGUUCAACCUCACCACCUACAGCAGCAAGCGCCUCAUGAAGCGCCAUGUGGAACAAUCAGUUCAACAACUGAAUGGAGAUACUUUCAUUGGUCAUGCCUUGCGGUGGACUCUGGACAAUAUCUUCUUAAGCACACCCAAUCUGAGAAAAAACAAAGUUAUAUUUGUGAUAUCUGUUGGAGAAACCAGUCACUUAGAUGGAGAAACCUUAAAGCAAGAGUCUUUUCGAGCCAAGUGUCAGGGGUAUGCUCUGUUUGUGCUUUCCCUCGGCCCUGCUUGGAAUGACAAGGAACUGGAAGAUCUAGCCAGCCUCCCUUUGGACCACCACUUGAUCCAGCUUGGUCGAAUUCAUAAACCUGACUAUAGAUAUGGUGUGAAGUUUGUGAAGUCCUUUAUAAACUCAGUCAGGCGUGCAAUCAACAAAUAUCCACCAAUAAACUUCAAAGCAAAGUGCAACAGGCUCAGCCCAACAGACUCAAAGCAGACCCCACGCCAGUUCCGAAGCUUUGUUCCUGGAACACAAAAAGCUCCCCUCAAAGAUGCAUUACAGGAAGUGAAACUCUUUCAAGACAAAAAAUUUAUUUCAAAAGCAGAAAGAGGUGGCAGAGAUGAAGCUAUACGAAAUUUUCCUGGAAGCAUAUACCUUACCUUUAAAAAUGGAAGAAGAGUGAUAAAAACUAUUCCUAAACGACAGGAUAAUGGAAGUGCUUGAAAAAUUGAUCCUUAGAAAACAUGGUAACGUGGAUUUAAAUAAUGACCAAAUCACUCCACACCUCUGAGCAAAUUUUAUUUGGGUAUCUGGCUGCAUCCGCAGGUCUACUCUGGGGGGUAACUAGCCAUAGGCUGAUGAUCAGGUAACUUAAUACUUUGUCCAUUUAUUUGACCACUCAUGACAACUCCAGCACUCCAAAACAAAAUCUAAUGGAGACAUAAUUUGAAAGUAAAUUUUACAUUAAGUGUAUUUGUGUACAUGGCCAAUGGUAAUACUUUGGGUUGCAGGUAUCUGUUCAGUCCAUUUUCUGCAAAGCAAGCUUUCUUAAUUUAGUACUGUUCAAUUCUCAUCUAUUUAACCAAAGAGGUUUAAUGUUUAGGCUACUCUAACAUUUACCCUAGAAAUCAGUGCUCUUUCUGUGUCAUGUUUUUGGAAACUGGACCUUUUGCCUCUCACUUUUGGCAGUGUUAGCUUGGACUGGUGAGCAGCAGAGGGUAAUUUUCUCCAACUCUAAAUCCUCCUAAACUCACCAAGGAACUCAUUAAUUCUCCCAGAUCAUAAAUGAUUGCUUUGGAGCUGGAAGUUUUAUCUCUUUCAUAGAAUUUACUGCCAAGCCAUUCUGAUGGAUUUCCACUUACUCUUUCCUGUUAUAGUCAUUUAUUUUCACUAAUCCAUAUAUUCUUUAGACAAGAAAAGUAAAGAAAAAA